AUGGGCGCCAACGGCCAGGCAGUGCAGACCAUGAACAAGAAGAAGGUGAAACUUCUCAGCAAGAAGCGCGCGGAGAUCCGCAACCAGAAGAAGGUGGCGGGGCUGCAGAAGGGCAAGCGCACGGUGCUGCGCAAGCACCGGCCGUCCAAGAAGAAACUGCAGAAGGACGCCAAGCGCCACCGCAUCUACGUGGAGGCCGAGAAGGCCAAGCUGCUGAAGAGCGGCCUGAUCACGGAGGAGGACAUUAAGACGAUGGAGGCAGAAAAGGGAGACGACAAGGCCAGCGACGACGCCGACGCCGCCAUGGACGUGGAGGAGUAA